AUGUCUCAUGAAAAGGAAAGACCCAGCGUCCAAACUUCCCUGAUCAUCCCCAAACCUCGGGGGGGAAGGGCUCACUACGCGACCUGGGGCUUCAUUGUUCUCUGCGUCUUUGCCCUGUAUCACAUGGAGCAGUCCUGGAACCAUGCCGCAGAGAACAUCACCUUCUACUUCAUGGCCCUGCAGAUCGGAGCUCUGCUCAGAGGGGUUUGCAACUUCGUGGAAGAGAUUUGGCAUGUGCAAUCCAGACACCGCAGUAGCUGGUGGAGGGUGGUGGUUGCCUGCCUGAGCCCGAGUCUGCGCUGCCACACACUCCUGCUGCUGGUCAGCGUCUGCGCCUACAUGGCCCUGUUCGGCGAGACUGGGCUGCAGCUCUUCCUCGACCUCAUCCUCGUCUGCCUCUGCCAGCUCCUCAGCUUCGCCUUUGGGCUUCAGAGUCCCUCUGCAGUGGAAAUGUCUGAAAUCUGUGAAAAGAACAACCGCAACGUAUCACAUGGACUAGCCUGGUCUUACUAUGUGGGGUAUUUAAAGUUAAUUCUGCCACGCCUUAAAGACUUGAUCAGUGAGUUCAACAGAGCCAAUAACAAUUUGCUGAAGUGCAAGGAGACCUGGAAAUUGCACAUCCUUCUCCCAGUGAGCUGUGAGAUAUACGAUGACCUGCAGAAGGCUGACAGCCACAUCCAGUACUGGAAGGAUCUCCCGGCUCUGCAACUGGACCGUGCUGGCACUAAAUGGAGAAGCUACAAACAAAGCAUCUAUACAAUUUUGGGUGAAGACAAAAAGCUGAAUUACUGCAUUGUGGAGUACGCCCCCCCGCUGCAGUCCCUCUACGCUAUGUCCCAAGAUGAAAGCGCCGCCUUUGGCCGGGAGGAUCGCCUGGAGCAAGCCCAGCUCUUCUGUAGGACCUUGGGGGAGAUCUUACAGCGCUCCAAGGAAUGCGCGGGCUGCUACCGGCUCAUUGUGUAUGAGGAGUCGGGAGACAGCGACAGCCAUUUCCUGUCAAAGGAGAUCCUAAAGCACAUCAGACAGCAGCACUUGGAGGAAUACACCAUGUGUGAGGGGAAUCACGAGUCCACCACCUUCCUCUCAACAGAGCCCAAUAUCCUGAUCAGUGACUCGGAGCUACCCGGGCCUCUGCGGAGCGAUGGCUUCUGA